CAACCUAAACUCUCUACGGAGCCACAAACCAAAACUUCUGAACCUGUUCCACAUAUAAAACCUGUUGUGGACCCUCCUGAUACCCCAAAAGAUCCCCCAAAGGCUGAACCCGAGGUCCAAAAUGGGGUACUGCCUGAAGGCUUCUUUGACGAUGCUCGCCGUGAUGCACAAGCCCGAAAUGUCCCCUUCAAGGAUAAAAUGGACGCUGAAAUGGAGACCUUUUUGAAAGAGCUUGGAUCCCUAAACGAAGAAUCAGAGAAAAUCCUUGAAAAAGACAAUGAAGAAAUGGUUACUUCUAGGAACCUGGCGGAGUUGGACAAACAGAUUUCUAUGUGGGAAAAGGUCCGCAAGUUGGAGCAACAGAAGGACGUUAGUAUGGCCCACAAAAAGACUUCAGGUGUUCCUAAGUCUGAACAAAAAGUUUCCAUCAAAAAGGAGGAAGAAGAUGAUGACGAAGAUUCCGAUAUCGAUGAAGACGAGUUGAACGGUUUCCGGUUCAAAGCUGGCGUUCGGUAG